CACUCCUAUAAAUUUACAACUAAAUACCUGUUCGCACCAGUAGAUAUAUUGUGACGGUUAACGCAAGUAGUUUCACUAUAAUUUCCCUGGGUCUUACCAUUCUAUUUUCUUCCUCUCAACUACAGCUACUGAUUAAAAAUGCAAUUUCAUGAACAUGGAACACAACAACCUCCAGUCUUUAUAAACACUGCAUACCCUUUACCAUCGCAUGUAGUGCAAUAUCAGCCAAACCAGAGCAAUGUUAUUGUACAGCAAAGGGCUCCUCCAGUUAUCAUUUCUAAUUUGAUGCCUUUAGCUAUCUUUUCCCUCUUAUGCUGCGCUAUAAUACCAGGCGCCGUGGCUAUUUUAUACAGCAGCAAGGCAAACAGAUUGGCCCAACAAGGAGAUAGAGAAGGUGCACUAAAAGCUAACGAAAAAGCAAAAAUAAACAUUAUUGUAUCAAUUGUCGUUGGUAUUAUUGCUCUUGGAAUUAUUAUUGGACUUUCUGUUUACCUAACGAAUAACGGUUAUGAAGUCACUUAUUACUAUGGCAAAUAAUGUGUUAUCACUUUUCUCUUCUCUUUUCUUUAUGUUUAACUCUAAUCAUGUAAAAUAUUCUUAAGAAAAGUGUUUAAAGUUAUCAACAAAUGAUACAUUUCAUAAUACGUAAUAUUAUUUUAAAUAUGAAACAAUGAUAUAAAUUCUAAGCAGUGAAUUCUACGUCCUCAGUCUAAUCGCUAGAAUCAAUAAAGAAUUAAUACCAUGCAAA